AUGGAGUCCUCACGCGGUCCGCCCCGUGUAAAAAACAAGGGAGCUGCGCCCAUCCAGAUCAGCGCAGAGCAGCUCCUCCGUGAAGCUGUUGACAGGCAAGAAGGUGGGCUCGACAAGCCAGAGCAGCGUUUCGCGGAUCUCGAGGAGCUGAAGGAGUUCCAGGGCCGCAAACGUCGCGAGUAUGAGGACUACAUCCGCCGCAACAGCCAGUCUCUCAAGAACUGGACCCAGUAUACCGACUUUGAGAUCCAGUACAAGGAGUUUGCACGCGCGCGGUCAGUCUUUGAGCGUGCCCUGGAUGUGCUCCCUACGAACCCGGCGCUAUGGAUGCGGUACAUUGAUUUCGAGAUCAAGGAGCGCAACAUUCAGCAUGCGCGGAACUUGCUUGACCGUGCGGUCACGCUGCUGCCCCGCGUGGAAAAGAUGUGGUACAAGUACGUCUUCGUCCAAGAGGGGCUGGGCGACAUACCGGCAUGUCGGCAGGUCUUCGAGAGGUGGAUGACAUGGCAACCGGACGAGCGGGCCUGGAGUGCCUACAUCCACUUUGAGAGGCGUUACCAGGAGUUCGACAAUGCGCGGAACAUCCUUCAGCGAUUCGUCAUGGUUCAUCCCGAGCCAAGGAACUUCCUGAAAUGGGCCAAGUUCGAAGAGGAGUUCGGAACGAGUGACCUGGUGCGGGAGGUUUUCCAGACAGCAAUCGAGUCCUUAGGGGAUGAGUUUGUGGAUGAGAGACUAUUCAUCGCAUUUGCGAGGUACGAAGCAAAACUCAAGGAGUAUGACCGGGCAAGGGCCAUCUUCAAGUUCGCCUUGGACAACCUACCACGGUCAAGGUCGAUGAAGCUGCAUGCGGAGUACACCGUAUUUGAGAAGCAAUUCGGUGACAAGGACGGCGUUGAGGACGUCAUUCUAUCCAAGAGAAGGAGAUAUUACGAGGAGCAAGUGAAGGAAAACGCGAAAAACUACGACUCGUGGAUUGAUUACGCAAAUCUAGAACAGACAUCAGGCAACGUCGACAGGGUACGAGAAGUUUACGAAAAGGCAGUCGCCCAAGUCCCACCAGCGCAGGAGAAGCGAUUAUGGAGGCGCUACAUCUACUUGUGGAUCUUCUACGCCAUAUAUGAGGAGAUGGAGGCCAAGGAUAUCGAGCGCGCCCGACAGGUGUACGACGCAUGCCUGAACCUGAUACCGCACAAAAAGUUCACAUUCGCCAAGGUCUGGCUGCUGAAAGCGCAGUUUGAGAUCCGGCAGGGCAAUCUCACACUGGCGCGCAAGACGCUCGGGCGGGCGAUCGGCAUGUGUCCCAAGGACUCGUUGUUCAAGGGAUAUGUCGCGCUGGAGCAAAAGCUCUACGAGUUCAUGCGGUGCCGGGCAUUAUACGAGAAGCACGUCUCGUACAACCCAUCCAACUGCCAAACGUGGAUCGACUGGGCGCAGCUGGAGCGAGCCCUGGGCGACCUGGAACGAGCGCGUGCCAUCUUCGAGCUGGGCAUCGACCAACCAGUACUGGACAUGCCGGAGAUGGUGUGGAAAAAGUACAUCGACUUCGAAGAGGAGGAGGGCGAGUUCGAGCGGGCGCGGGCGCUGUACGAGCGGCUGCUCGAGAAGGCGGAUCACCCGAAGGUGUGGAUCAGCUACGCGCAGUUCGAGCUCGGGGCGCCGGACGAUAACGAAGGCGAGGAGGCGCAGGAUGAGGAGGGCGUGUCGGAGGAGGCCAAGGGCCGCACGCGCAAGGUGUUCGAGCGGGCGCUCAAGAGCAUGCGGGACAGGAAGGCGGAGCGGGUGACGCUCCUAAACGCCUGGCUCGCGUUCGAGAGGGAGCAGGGCUCGCCGGAGGACGUCGGGAAGGUGGAGAAGCAGAUGCCGCGCAAGGUCAGGAAGACGAGGAAGAACGAGGACGGCGAGAUGGAGGAGUACAUCGACUACGUAUUCCCCGUGGACGAGCAGCAGCCGGCAGACCUCUCGGAUUUGAUGGCUAUGGCACAGGCGUGGAAGCAGAACUAA